UUUUUCCUGAGUCAGUACAGCGGUUAAAACACAGUCACCGUGCUUUAUAGUGUCAGCAUGUCGGUGCGCACCGGCUGAACGUGGCGCCGGCUGGUACUCGUGGGUGUAACUCAGCUCUGCUCUGUCCCGGGAUGAGACUUCACCAUCAAUUGUGAGACGAGGUCGGUAAAAGAAGCACCCAAGACGCGUCGCACACCUGCGGCUGGAUGGAAACAGAUAGAUGGAGGGACAUGCGCCGCAGCCGCUGUUGACACCGCACUCUACCGAUUGCUUCACCUCCUCUCCUGGUCCACGGGGGAGCGCGCUUGUAAGCUGAUUUGACCCGGGGAUGUGAAUACCUCUCCGGGAUUAAGAAGGUUAUUGGGUGAACGACAAUGCCCCGCGGCUCGGUCCGGCACUCCCGGCUAUUGUUCGUACGCCGGCGGACGCACGGUACCCGGUCUCCUCCGGUUCAUCUCCAGUAGCUGUACUGCCACUGCUCCUGUGCCUCCUCGCUGCUUCGCUCCGGUCGCCCUCCCGGUGUGGAUAGGAUAAUAUGACUUCCUGGCUCCGCACAUACGGCAGCGUCCCUCUGUGUCUCCUUCUCUGCUGCGUGGUGGUCCUUGUCUGCGCAGAAGCCGGUGACAGUGUGUGUUGGUCUCCUGGUAUCACUACUUGUACAGAGUGUCUCAGACGUGGACCACAGUGUGCCUGGUGCUUCAAGGAGGACUUUCAGGAUGGGUUGUGGCCGGGCCAGCGCUGCGGCCUGCCAGUGAACCUGCUCAGAAAAGGCUGUGAGCCAGAGUUCAUGGAGCAGUCAGAGGUCAAGGUGGAGGUCAACGCUACCCUCAGCAGCACACAAGUGUCCCCACAAGACAUCAGUAUCACUCUCAGAGCAGGUUCAGAGGCCAGCUUCAUAGUGGCUGUGAAGCAACUGGAGCGUUACCCUGUGGAUCUGUACUACCUGGUGGAUGUGUCAGCUUCUAUGCAGGAAAACCUGGAUCAUCUGAAGACAGUAGGCGUAGCCCUGUCCCUACGAAUGACAGAGCACUCCUCGGACCUUUGGCUGGGUUUUGGCUCGUUUGUGGACAAACCUGUCUCCCCAUACAUCAAUGUCCAUCCCUCCAAGAUCAACAACCCCUGCAGUGAUUAUGAGAUCCGCUGUCGUCCAGCCCACGGCUUCCACCACGUCCUUAGCAUGACGGGAAAUAUGAGCGAGUUCACGCGUGUGAUCAAACGCCAGCGCAUCUCCGGGAACAUGGACACACCUGAGGGAGGGCUGGAUGCUAUGCUGCAAGCUGCUGUCUGCCAGAGGGCGGUGGGUUGGCGACCAGAGGCCAAGCGUCUGUUGCUCCUCAUGACCGACCAACCAUCUCAUCUCGCCCUGGACAGCCGGCUGGCAGGGAUUGUCACACCGCACGACGGCCUGUGUCACCUGGAGAACAGUGUCUACACAGGCAGCACCAGGAUGGACCAUCCUAGCGUGGGUCAGUUGUCUGAUAAGCUGCUUGAGAACCAUAUCUACUCUAUCUUUGCUGUGGAGAAGCAGCAGUACCAGUGGUACGAGGAGUUGGUGCGCUUGCUACCUGGUUCCCACCUGGGAAAGUUAGGGCUCUUCCAGGCUCCAAACCUAAUAGAACUGGUGGUGGAUGCAUACAAGAGAUUGCUGUCGGAGGUGGCGGUGUCGGUGUCAGUGGAGGACAAGGCAGUCAACAGGUACUGGGUGUCUGUAUCUCCUCUCUGUCCUGACGGGUCCACUGCUAAGGACCAGAGCUGCUCAGGGGUGCAGCCCAACCAAACGGUUUACUUCAACAUCACCAUUGGCCUGCGCUCUUGUCUUAAUGAUGGUGAAGAUGAAGAUGUACGAGUAAUGGUUCGCCCUGUGGGUUACAACGAAUCCACUGUCAUUAGGAUUCACUCCAAAUGUCGCUGUAGUUGUGGACCAACAAGGCGCUGUCAUGAUGAUAGCCAAUCGCCAUGCACAGGGACCCAAGGCGGUGCCAUUCAGGAGCAGAGGCCAGAUCAUGGACUGAUUAACGACUCAAGCAGAGAUUCAGACUGGAAAUGCAGAGCCAACGGUUCUGAUGUGGACUGCAGUGGUCGGGGGGUGUGUGAGUGCGGGAGAUGUGUGUGUGAACAGAGCAGGCUCGGAAAAAUAUACGGGAAAUACUGCGAGAGAGACGACUUCUCCUGCUCAUAUGAAGGGGGACUCCUGUGUGGGGGACAUGGUGUGUGUGUAUCAGGCGAAUGUGUGUGUGAGGAUGGCUGGACAGGUGAGAGCUGCGGUUGUCCCGUGUCCAAAGCAACCUGCCAAUCAGCCAGUGGCUUGUUAUGCAGUGGGCGGGGAAGAUGUGUGUGUGGCAAGUGUGUGUGCGAUGACCCCCGAUACUCUGGAGACGUCUGUGACAGAUGUCCUGCCUGCCAAAGCACCUGCCAAUCACACUGGAAGUGUGUGAACUGCCACCUGUCUCACGGUCUCACACAAAAAGAGGCGGGACACUGCAACAGCACCUGUGCACCAUUAGUGGGCUACAUGGACGAUGUAUCAGGUCAAGCAGGGGAGCUGUGGAUUCAGUGUUUGUACAUCAGUAAUGAUGGCUGUCGCUAUCCCUUUCAAACCAGCUCACAGUCUGGACAGACCCAGCUUCACAUUAGCACAAGACCAGAGUGUGCCAGCAGUAGCCGGCUGAUAGGAACAUUCCUCAGCGUGUGUGCUCUGACGGUACUGUGCGGGCUGGUGGUGGUUGCUAUGUCCCGGCUGCUGCUACAGAAGAAAGGCUGGUCACCAGGUGGUGCCGCUGAGGAUGGAGCUUAUCACUGUCCUGGAAAGGACCUGUCAUACAUUCCUACAACCAAUGAGAAGACAGUUACCUACAGGAGGGACCAUCCACCUGACUGCCUCAUGGAGAUGCACAUUCAGGUUCCCAAGAUGCCCCAUGGUGACCCCUGGCAGUAUAAGGCAGAGGUCAGAGGUCACGGUCAGAAGGAAAUCACUAGAGACAUAUAGAAGGAGAGACAGACUAAAGGCUUCUUUUAUGUCUCGUCACCUUCACAAAACUUCAACCAGCUAAAUGUGGAGACUGAUAAUGGUAAACAAAACUACGAAACCUCCAUGGAAUCGCAUUUGUAAAACGAACUGCCCAAACUCUCAUAGACUGUGAGACUGAUGAGGCCAGUAUCCUGGAAAUCAAGAUGAAACAAAGAGCACAACUCCCCCAAACUCUUCCUCUUGUGUAGCAAGGCUGCUUCUUCUACAGGGUAAAGGGUGAUCAUUCCUCGCUUUUUAGCCAUGCAGCAAUUACUGCUCUAACUUAUGGACACGCGUGUGUGUGUGGGCGAGUAUGUGAGUGUGUAUGUGUAUGUGUGUGUGUGGUGCAGGUAGAUGCACUUAUGCUCUAUCUAGGCUUUCUAUUUAUAAUUUUAUAGUGAAAACACUACAUAUUUUCGGGUCACAUGACUGGGUGACACGCCAGUGCUCCAACUGUACUGUCUGCCUGUCUUAGCCUGACCCCUUGUGGCUGACAUGAGUCAUGAAAUUAUCUCUCAAAGUGAUACUGUGUACACAUCACUGACCUCAUUGUAUUGUCUUGGGAUUUAAUUCACAAAACACAGCAGUGACUCGGUAUUCCUUUUUACCUUUUAGUUUUGAUUAGAUUUUCAGUUAGUUGUGGCGUAUCUCAUCUGGUAGUGUUUUUUUAAAUGUUACUUUUGCUGCAUUUUUGUUUUCAUUAUUCGAUCAACUGCGUUGAAAAUUAGCAUUGUUCUAUCACAAUGAGUGAGAAUAUAGUUUCAUAUGAUUGACAGCUGUUAUAAUCUGGUUAGACUUGCACUAGAUCAAUUGUUUUGCAUUAUACUACUGAAAACUGUGGGUCAACUGUGGGGAGGCAAGAGAGCUGUAACAGUGGGUCUUCAAUGGUUUGUUUGCUAUACAUCGGGCAUUAGAGGGCAUCUAAGUGCAUUUGAAGCUAAUGUAACAAAACCACAACACUGGAAUAACAAUGGACUGAAAUACAGACAUACUGAUAAUUAAUGGCGACAGUAUCAUCAAAUGCCUGAACAUGUGACCUCGAUAACAGAGACUGAACUGUGUGUGCAUGUAUCUGCUGAUCAUCCCAGAGCCGUUGCUAUCCAGAACUGUAGAUAAACUGAUAUGUUUAGAUUCGGAGACCAACUCCUGGGCUAAGGUACAAAUCAACUCCAAAGGUAGUGAGCCUGGAGGUGGACUCCUCACACUCCUCAUGCACUAGAUCCUCUGGAUCUUGAAUUGCCAGUUGCAUGGCAUCAUGUGAUACUUUUGCUUGCCCAAUCCUAUUUCUUUCUUCUUUUUUUUUUUUUAAUUUAACGCAAUGUUUACAGCAAUAGCUGCUCUAUUUUUCUGUAAGUCAGGAACACUAAUGAUUAUUUAUUGUGAUUUUAUUUUAUUUUUUUCUUUUACUCUGAUAUGUUCAUUGUACUAUUUUAUGACAAGGCUACUUGAGUAACAGGUACAAGUACUGUUGUAUUUAUGGAGAGUGAUCUAACCAUAAGAAUAAUUCAGCAAUAAGGUAAUAAUCAUCUCAUCUUACCAGGCACUCAGUUUGGAGUAACAGCAGCACUUUUCUUUGUAGAUUUUCUGUCAGUUAAUGUGACUAGUCGUGUAGCAUGAAAGAUUUCAUCACAAUAAAAAUGUGCAAGAUUUUUUAAAAAUCAUUUCUUGAGUUCUAGCUUCUCUACACCAACAGGUUUGCAGU